CGGUUUUUCAACAUUAAAAUUACUUUUUCCCAUGGAUUUUGGAGGUGCAUCCGUAGUUCUACAUUAUUAUAAGUAUGAAUUUGGGUUGGAGCUUUUCUUUUGGUUGAACAGCGGAGAGAGAGAAUGGAAGAAAACCUUGAAGAACAUCUGAAGCAGUUCAGACUGGGAUCUCUGCCCACCGUCUUUUACAUACCCAAUUUCGUAUCAAAGUCCGAAGAGACCCAUCUCCUCCAAUAUAUAUAUGGAGUUCCAGCUUCGAAGUGGAAAUCUUUGAAGAACAGAAGGCUUCAGAACUGGGUGUUUCAAAAGGCAGCCCACCUAGAACCUAGGUGGGCCAGGGGCUGCUUAGCGCAUAGCUCAGGCCUAGGCGGCCCAUCUGGGCACCUGCCCAGGGGCGAACUGCCCCUCGUGGAGGAGGUGUGGUUCAUGAGAAGGGUCUCCUCCCUCAAAACUCCACACCAAGAUGGCCCUGCUUAUUUUCCAAUUGUUGCGAUUCUGUCUCUUGGGUCUCCAGCUGUGAUGAAUUUCACUCCUCAUUUGAAGUUGACUGAGUGUGUAACCCAUGUGCCAGAUCAAAUAGAUAAACACUGCACUCUCUCUGUUGCCUUGAUUCCUUGCAGCUUGUUAAUUUUCAAGGACAGUGCAUACUCCGAAUAUUUGCAUGGAAUUGAUGACUCAGAUAUACAGAGAAUUGAUGAGGUGGUGAAUAUUGGUGACAUUCUCAGCUACAAGGAACAAAUGAUGCCCUUGAGCUCAGAGUUGGAGGAAGGGGACCAAAGAACUGAGAAGGGUAGCAUUCAUAGAAGUGGUACUCGAGUGUCGUUAACCUGUCGACUAGUUCCAAAGGUUCAUAAGAAUCUCCUUAAGUUCUAGGUGAUCGACAAAUAUGUAUCUUUGGUGUUCAAUGAAAGUUUUGAUUGAGGGGAUAUUGCAAGUCUAUAUUGCAUAGACACAAAUAUGUGUCAGCAUUUGACAUAUAUAUGAGGUCAGAAAUGUCAAUCUUAAAAUUAACAUUUACACACCUAUCUACAUAUGUAUAUGAAGUAAGGGAACUUAGUACUUUAAAUAACAUUAAGGAGUUUCAUUGUAAGAUUUAAUGUAUGGGUGU